CGCCGUUUCUUCAUUCCGAACCGGCAAAACAACUUCCUCACACGGCGGAAAUAGCAUCACGCUGCUGAAUAGAGGCUUCUCCGUCGGCAAAUCCAUAAUUACCAGCCAUGGUGGCAGGGACACCGCUCCUCCGCCGCCUCAUCGCCGUCGAUGCCGCAAUCUCUCAAUUCCUACACACACUGUUCCAUCCCUUCUUCCCAACGGCACUACUCCUCCUCCUCGAGAUCUCCGCCGACUUCCGAUUCUCCUUCCCGAUCUGCCUUGCCCUCCUCUUCUCACCGCUCUCCCCUCCCCUCCUUCCGUUCUUAUCCUCUCUGCUCUUCGGCCUCCUCCUCGACCUCGCCGUCGUCGGCCUCACCAAAGCCAUCUUCCGCCGUCAGCGCCCGCACUACAACCACUCUUCUAUGUCAGCCGUCGUCGCCGUCGACAAAUUCUCCUUCCCCAGCGGACACUCGACCAGGGUCUUCUUCGUCGCGUCCUUGGUGUCUCUCUCGGCGGCGGCAAUUGAGGCCGCUUUGCUCGAACUGAAGGCCGGCGGAGGGCUGCCUGAGCGGUGGAUUGUAGGUGGUGACGAGGGCAGAGUGGUGGAGAUUGUGGUGAUUGGCGUUUUCGCUUGGGCGGCGAUUACGGCGUCGUCUAGAGUUUUCCUUGGCCGGCAUUUCUUCCUUGAUGUUCUCGCGGGAGUGUGUUUGGGCAUUCUUGAAGGCUUCGUUGCUUUUCGAUUCCUGCGGUUUGAGGAUUUCCUGAGCACCCUACUUUAUCAGAAUGUCGUCGAGGUUGCAAAUUGAGUGCUUGGCAGAAGAGAUAGGCACUUGUUGGCCUAUUGGACUGUCCCAUGGAAUCUUGGUUCAGGUGCGAAUAAUCAUUGAAGUAGAGUGAAAGCUGAGAUUAUGCACUUACUGUUGAUUUUCUUGUCAACGUUCAAAAUGACCCAUCACUUCUGAUUGUGUACCAUUUUUAUUCUAAUGUAUUGUAUGGAGUCGGUCUCAAUUGUAUAUCACUUGCUACCACAACUUGAUGGUUUCUAUUGAUAAUGGAAAAGGUUACCUGCUUAAAGUCACUUUAAGGUUGUCUGUAAACGUGGUAUGUUCCCUGCAGAAUCAAUAAUAUAAGGUUAGCAACUAUACCACCUGUCUUGUAGACUGUCACGUCUAGCGUAUUACCAGCAGUUGGUGGCUGGUAGCUAAAUUUGCGCAUUGGAUGGCUCAUGUGGUAGCCACUUUGUGGCAUCUCGAGUAUGGAUCCCACAUCCUUUGUUCAUCUAACCUUCCUUUUCUGUGGCCUUAUAGGUGUCCUGAUAGCUAAAGAUGCUUUCAUUUAUGUUAUCGUUUGUAAGAAGAAGCUUGUGGGUAACAUACUGAUUAUUGGAUGAGAUUGAUAGACUGAUUGAUGAUUGACUUUAGUCGAUCGAAGAAAAGAGGAUGUUAGACUUGAUAGAUUAGAGAUAAUAGAAACGUGGAACUCACUCAAAGCAAGGAAGUAAAGAUGGUGGUUAAAUAGUUGUUAGCAUGUAUUUUCUUAAUUAACAAGCUCUACGACUUGAUGCUUAUGUCAAUCAUCUACCUUUAGUUCAUUGACUUCUCCUAUGUCCAUUGCAAGUGUCUGUGGCUGAGAAGGAGAUGCAUGUGUAUUCUUUGAAUUUUGAACAGUGCACUCUGCAAUUUCUUUUCUCCUAUAGCAACAAAAAUGGUCCUUCAUCUCAUCCCCCCUCUUCCCCCUUUAUUGCAAGGGACCUAUGGAAGUUAAAGCUAUUUGAUUUAUGAACUGCUUUUGGGAUUUCUGUUUAUAUUAUUGAGUCUUCUUAGUGGCUGGUCCCCAAAUUUGACUUAGAAUUAUGAUUAGGUAUUACUGGAACUUUGAAUUCUGCUUUAGCAAUGAAGAUGGUAUCGAAGCUGUGUCUUUGUCCACUUGUGAUAGUAGUAUCCAUCCACGUUUCUGGGUUUUUGUCAUGGUUCAUGAAACUAUACCGUACUGGUGGUUCAACCACAAAAUACCAGUAUCGGAGGCUUUACCGGUAGGCGGUAUUUAACGGUACUAACGGUUGACUACGGUUAAACCAUGAUUUUGUCAUAAAAUACCCUACCGUUGACUUUUCCGAUACGGUUUCAUGGACCAUGGUUUUUGUUAGUAUUAUUUGCUUUCCCAUGAUUAGGGAUGCCAAACCCAAACCCAUGAGUUAAUCCGUGAAAAAAACCCGGGGUAGAACCCACUGGGUUUGAAAAACUUAAACUCAACCCAACCUGCUGGGUAUCCGCGGGUUCAUGGGUACCCACAGGUUUUUGUCGUAAAAACUUUACAAUAACAAGUUCCUAUCAAAAUUAAAGUCAAAUAUCAAU